UGCAAUACAAGACUACACAGGUGUCCUUUCUGAAGAUGCAGAACCUUUGAGAAUUUGUCCAGAAUGCUCAUCAACUUUCGACACAAUAGUGGAAAUGCUGAAACACCAUAGUCAAGUUCACGGCUUCGACGUUUAUCCGUGCGAUGUAUGUGGCAAGAUGUACAAAAAAUCAGACUUCCUGAAACACCAUAAGCAAUCCGAGCACCCGGAAGAUUGCAUCUAUAACUGUGUAGAGUGCCUUGAGAAGUUCAGAACAGAACAACGUUUAUUGUACCAUAUCAAGUACUAUCAUCCAUUCCAGUGCGACAUAUGCGGAAGAAGGUUCAAGUUAAAGUUGCUCUUAAAGGAUCAUAAACAAAAUAAACAUUUUGUCUGCGCGACGUGCUCCGAGACCUUUGCAACAAAAAGUGUUCUAUCAUGCCAUGUGCAGGUAGCUCAUCUUCAAGAAGAUUACGAAUGUCCGUUGUGCUCCAGAAUGUUCGCUUCAAAACAUCUUUUAAAUACCCAUCAAAAGAAAGUCCAUGGACCGGUUCACACGAAGGAUCGCGAUCAUGAAUGUGAUAUAUGCCAUAAGAAAUUCCAGACAGUGUAUUCGUUGAAACGGCAUAAAGAAUUGCAUACGGACAGACCUGAUUAUAAAUGUAAUUUUUGCGACAAAAUAUGCAAAUCGACUGCGAGUUUGGACUAUCAUCUCACCCGUAUCCAUUUGAAGAAUUUCAAAAUAUCGUGUGCGUUGUGCGGACAAGGCUUCCUGAACAAGGCCGAGAUGAAGGACCACCAUAGAAGAAUUCACGACAAGGUCCUGUUGAAAUGCGGGACUUGUGAGAAGGCGUAUCUAAGCAGGCACAGGCUGAGGAGUCAUAUUGUGGAAAAACAUGGCAACGAACAACACCAAUGCUCAGAUUGCGCGAAGUGUAAAACAAGAAGACGUACACAUCUCUUCAGAUACAGAACCUUCGUGGGUUUGUCCAGAAUGCCCAAUAACCUUCGAUACAAUAGACCAAGUGUUAGAACAUCAUAGACAAGUUCACGGACCUGACGUGUAUCCAUGCGAUGUAUGUAAGAAGGCGUACAAGAAACUAGAAUGGCUGAAGCAACAUAAACAAUUCGAACACGCGGACGAUUGCAUUUAUAGAUGCCUGGAAUGUUUUGAUGAGUUCAAGACUGAACAACGCUUGAUGGACCACAUGAAGUACUUCCAUCCAUUCAAAUGCGACGUAUGCGGAAGCAGAUUCAAUUCAUCGUGUUUGCUAGAGGAACAUAAACAACAUAAUCAUUUUAUGUGCGUGGAAUGCCCCAAGACCUUUGUAGCAAAAAGUCUUUUAUCUUCCCAUGUAAAGAAAACUCACACUCGAGUCACUUAUAAUUGUCCAGAGUGCGCUGAUACAUUUGAAACGAAACGCCUCUUAAAUUCUCAUAAAAAGAAAACUCACAAUCACGUGGAAUACAAGUGUCCGGUGUGCUCUAAAACCUUUGCAAGAAAUAUCCUUUUGAGAGCUCACAGAAAAAACGUCCAUAAAGACUACACACACCCGUGUGGCGUGUGCGACAAGAAGUUCAAGUUGAAGCACGUGGCUGCAAAACACAGAAUGGUGGUUCACUCAAACGAGCGCAAUCAUGAAUGUGAUUUAUGCCAUAAGAGAUUCCAGAAAGCGUAUACGUUGAAACUGCACAAAGAAAAGUUGCACACGGACCGACCCGAUCAUAAAUGCAACCUGUGCGGCAAAAUAUUCAAAUCGACUGUAAAUUUGAACUCUCAUCUCACACGCAUCCAUCUGAAAAAUUUCAAAAUAUCGUGUGAGCGGUGCGGACAGGGCUUCAUGUCAAAGGCUCAAAUGCUGGAUCACCACAGGAAAAAACACGACAAGAUCCUAUUGAAGUGCAAUAUUUGCGAGCAAGGCUUCGUAACUAAGCCGUCUCUGAGAGUUCAUAUUGUGGAGAAACAUCGCAACGAACAACACAAAUGCUUACAUUGCGAGAAAGUUUUCAAAUCGAAUGACGCCAUGCGACGGCACAAGUAUGCAAGCCACAAAUCGAAGAAACAGACGGUUGUUUGUCAUGAAUGUGGCAAGGUGUUAUCAUCCAAGAUAACGUUGCGUCUCCAUAUGGAUAUGCACAGAGGCGUCAAGCCGUACCAGUGUGAUGUAUGCAAUGAGGGAUUCGCUAAUCACGGUAAUUUAACAAUACAUAAAAGGAUCCAUAGUGACGAAAAGCCUUAUAAAUGUACUUUUUGCGAGAAACGUUUCAGACAACAACCGCCGCUGAAAAUACAUAUGAGGAUACACACUGGCGAGAGGCCUUACAAAUGCGAAGUGUGCUCCAAAUGUUUUAUAAGCAAAACCGUGCUGAAUAACCAUAAGUGUCGCGGGCCAGACUACGGAUCAAACGAAGGCUCUGAAAGUGAAUGAACAA